AUUGGGAAGCCUGUUGCUGCAGCCCCAAGUUGGAGCUUCUCUCUUUGGCCGGACUUGAGAAGCCGAAGGCGCGUCGAGUCGCUCGGAGCCGGUUGAGGUCAAGUUCCGCUCCUUUGCCUGGCCGUCGCUCGGGGGUCCCGCGGAGCCAUUGGUGGCCUAGUGUGGGAGCAGCGCGGGGCGGCUCGGAAGCAGAGUCUCUCAGCUCGGGGGCCUGCGACUUCCAAGGUGUUCUUGAAUCCAGUUGGAGACCCCCACGGUUUUCCCCUCCAACCACGGCGGAGUCGGUGAAGCCCACCCACUGCCGUGUUGUCAUCUAUUUGCAGAAGGAGAUGUCCGGUGACACCUGCUUAACCACCCUCUGCCCUGCUUCGGGAGCGAAGCCGAAGAGGUGCAGCGUCAAAAUCGGCACCCUUGGCAAUAAGUACGUGCGGCUGAAUGUCGGGGGCUCCUUGUAUUACACCACCGUGCAGGUGCUGACCCGCCAUGACACCAUGCUGAAAGCCAUGUUCAGCGGGAGGAUGGAGGUGCUCUCCGACAAGGAAGGUUGGAUCCUGAUCGACCGCUGUGGGAAGCAUUUUGGAACCAUCUUAAAUUACCUUCGGGACAACACGGUCAUUCUACCCAAGAACCGGCAGGAGAUCAAGGAGCUGAUGGCUGAAGCCAAAUAUUACCUCAUCCAGGGCUUGGUGGACCUCUGCCAAACAGCCUUGCAGGACAAGAAAGAGAGCUACUACCCAAUCUGCAAUAUCCCUGUCAUCACGUCUCCAAAAGAGGAAGAGAGGCUCAUUGAAUCAGCCAUGAAGCCAGUGGUCAAGCUCCUUUACAACCGAAGUAACAACAAAUACUCCUACACAAGCACCUCAGACGACAAUCUCCUGAAGAACAUCGAACUCUUUGACAAGCUUUCCCUCCGGUUCAACAAAAGGGUUCUUUUCAUCAAGGACGUCAUCGGGGACGAGAUCUGCUGCUGGAGUUUCUUUGGCCAGGGGCGGAAGCUGGCCGAAGUCUGUUGCACCUCCAUUGUUUACGCCACGGAAAAGAAGCAAACGAAGGUCGAAUUCCCUGAGGCCCGCAUCUACGAGGAAACACUGAACAUCUUGUUAUACGAGACUCCCCGGGUGCCUGAUAAUUCCCUGCUGGAGGCCACGAGCCAAAAUCGGAGCCAGACCUCCCGCGGAGAAGACGAGGACGGCAACUACGAGCCGCGCGACCGAGUCAGGCGCAUUCACGUCAAGCGAUACAGCACCUACGAUGACCGGCAGAUAGGCCAUUAGGCUCCCAGGGGGCCACCCAGAGCCCCUCCUUCCACCUGGGGGGAGGGCCCGUGUCUUCGGCACUGGGGUCCCCUCAAGGGCCCAAAUCUUCCAGGAGGGCAGCUUACAUUUCGGCCACACUGUGAUAUAGUUUGCGAAACGUUACUUCCCGAUGCCGACUUACAGCUGGGAGGGCAAGCUUGUGGGUUUGAAGCCAUCCCUUGGCUGUUUUGUGUGGAAUUUGAUGGGGUCCUUCUCUGCCUCGAGACUCUUCCUUGAAGACCUUAAAAACAAAAAUCCAGAUGCUGAGACCAAAGAAUCACACUUAAACACUACAUUGCGACGAUGAAAAAAACUACAGUUUUAUAGCCCCUGGUCCCCUUUCCCAGAGAAGAUCUGGGUAGCCGUUUUUUUUCCUCCUUUAGCAGAAUGUGAUUUUUUUUAAAAAAAAAAAUUGCCAUAACUGAGAACUUCUGAUGUCACCUCAGUUAGAAUCCUUGGGGCUCUAUGUUGCUGGGAAUAACUGGAAAUCAACUUCAUCCUUGGAAAAAAAAACUCUGUUCUAGUUCCUAAUUCUUACUGACGCGUUUGGGGAGAAAUUUGAAUGGAAGGGAUAUACCCAGUGUGCAUCUCCUACGGGUAGUCCUCUACUUACAACCACAAUUGAGCCCUUGGUUCUUGCUGAGUUUGGUUGUUUUCUUGCAAAUAUUUCAUUAUCCAAAAUAGGUAGUUACUAGCACUGAUGAUGUUACCUAGUUUGAUGAUGAUGAAUGUAUUUACGAUGGCUAUGAUCAUGAUUUAUCACUUAUAUAUUUUAUGUACACUGAGAGCAUAUGCACCGAAGACAAAUUCCUUGUGUAUCAAUCACAAUCGGCCAAUAAAGAAUUCUGUUCUGUUCUACUCUACUCUACUCUACUCUACUCUAUUCUACAUUCUAUUCUAUUCUAUUCUCUAUUUUUUCUAUUCUAUACUCUAUACUCUACUCUCUAUUCUCUAUUCUAUUCUAUACUCUAUAGUCUAUACUCUACAUUUUAUUCUCUUCUCUAUUUUUUCUAUUCUAUACUCUGUGUUCUACUCUCUAUUCUCUUCUCUUCUCUCUUCUCUUCUCUCUUCUAUACUCUCUACUCUACUCUACUCUACUCUACUCUUAUUGGGAUAAGGAAAUAUCUGCAAGAAAACAACUACCAGUAAGCUCAGAGAAUACCAAGGACCCCUCAUUCUAACCCUGAGCUACAAAUACUCUCCUUCGUUGAUACAGUUGAGCUCAAAAAUUUCUGCUGCUAAGCGAGACAGUCGUUGAGUUGUGCUCCAUUUUACGAGCUUUCUUGCCACAGUUGUUGAGUCCAUCCUUGCGGCUGUUCAGUUAGUAAUACAGUUGUUAAGUGAAUCUGGCUUCCCUGUUGACUUUGCUUGUCAGAAGGGGAUCACAUGAUCCCAGGACAUCGCAACCUUCGUAAAUAGGAGCCAAUUAUCAAGUGUUGGAAUUUUUGAUCAUGUGACUGUGGGGAAUCCUGCAAUGGUCAUAAGUGCGAAAAACAGCCAUAAGUCACUUUUUUCCGGUGCCGUAGUAACAUUGAGUGGUCACUAAAUAAAUGGUUGUAAGUUGAGGGCUACUUGUAUUGCAGAUAGCUUUGGAUCUUGCCUCGCUGCUAUUGGAAACCUUCAGGUUCGAGUGGAGUAGGGAUUGCUGAAAGAAGCAAACCAAAAGCAGGAAGAUCCAAUUUCCUAUGUCUGUGUCUCUGUGGACAGAGAUGCUUGCUCAUUCAAUGAUAGAUAACAUGGCCUGGAUAAGCUGA